CCAGAGGCCGCCGCCGCCGCCGCCGCUCGGUGGGGUCUGGACGGGGGAGGCCGGCCGGCGCCAUCACCAUGAAGGAAUGCGAGUACCGGCAGAUCCCGCCGGGCACCCCGGCCGCUCCUCCUUCCGCGGAGCCUCCGGCACCGGCAGCCUCUUCCGUGGCAGCCGCCGCCACGACCCAGGCGCACGGGCGCCGCCGCAAAUGGGAAGUCUUCCCCGGGCGCAACCGCUUCUACUGCGGAGGCCGCCUCAUGCUGGCCCGGCACAGCGGCGUCUUCCUUCUCACGCUCGGCCUCAUCGUGGUCACCAGCGGCCUCUUCUUCGCCUUCGACUGUCCCUUCUUGGCUCGUAACCUGACCUUGGCCAUUCCCAUCAUUGCUGGCAUCCUGUUCCUCUUUGUCAUCAGCUGUUUGCUGCAGACCAGUUUCAGAGAUCCUGGUAUCCUGCCCAGAGCCACCCCCAGUGAAGCUGCAGACCUGGAGAAAUGGAUAGACAGCCUGGGCACUUCAACCUACCGCCCACCUGCCCGCACCAUGGAAGUUGUUAUAAAUAAAUACAUGGUGAAGUUGAAAUACUGCUAUACUUGCAAAAUGUUCCGUCCUCCCAGGACCUCCCACUGCAGUGUCUGUGACAACUGUGUAGAACGGUUUGAUCACCACUGUCCCUGGGUGGGCAACUGCGUAGGGAAGCGAAAUUACCGAUACUUCUAUGCCUUCAUCCUCUCCCUCUCCUUCCUGACAGCCUUCAUCUUCGCUUGUGUCAUUACCCAUCUUGCCCUGCGCUCCCAGGGAAGUGAUUUUCUCACUGUUUUGAAAGCAACACCAGCAAGUGUGUUGGAAUUGGUGGUCUGUUUUUUCUCAGUAUGGUCUAUUUUUGGCCUCUCAGGGUUUCACACUUACUUAGUUGCCUCCAACUUGACAACCAAUGAAGAUCUCAAAGGAGCAUGGUCAAAUAAAAGAGGCUCUGAAUUUGCCAACCCCUACAGCCAUAAAAGUAUCUUCACCAACUGCUGUGCAGUGCUCUGUGGACCAUUCUAUCCCAGCCUAAUAGACAGAAGAGGAUUUAUCCAGGCGGAUGCUGUGACCCCAUCCACUCCUAAGAGUGAAAUUCCUUCCUUUGGAACGAAAUCUGAUGCCAGCAUGGUAUGAACCAACCCUUAAGCAGUCCUAUGCCUAUGCCUACCUCCAGCCGGUGCCUCUCCUCCAUUUUACCAUUUCCUGGGCCCACGAAGGACAGCCUUGUAGGGCGGAGCCUCCAAAGUUCCUAUUCAAAGCACAUCCCAUCGCCUUGUGCAUUGAUUUUUAUUUGGUUUCAUUUUUAUACAGUGGAACUUAAAUUGAACACUGUGGACUGCUGCAGUUAAGCCUUUAGACAGGGCCGUCUUUUCACAGGGGGAAAAGAUUACUGGAGCCGCUUAGAGCAGAGAGUGCCUCUGGUUGGGAAAUGCCAGCUUCUUGAAAGCCAUCCAUUCUCAGAGGGUCUUCUGCAGGGGUUGGUUGAAAAGGAUGUAGUAACUUGCAUGGAGUUAGUACAACAAAGCAGGGGGAAACCAAGGUAUCAUCUCUGAAGCUACACUCCAGGUUAUUUUUGAACUUGCUUCUCGGUUAAGGUGGAUCAUUUCACAUGAGGAUCUCACCACAAAAGAUAAUUGGUGCUAGCCUAAGCUGUAAGGCAGAGAGCUGAACCAUUUGAGGACACAGCACUCCAUGCCCUGGCAGCAAGUGGUGCUUGCUGAUCUGGUUUUCCUGGCUCCCACCGCUGGGAAUGAAGGGGAUGCAAACAGUUGAAGAUCCCUAAGAAAGAUCCUGAGCAGAUCUACUUGAUCAGCAGACAAUGAUUUCUCACUUUGGGAACUGACCAGGAGUUGUCCUUGUUCGUUUCAAUUGCAUGAGGGGAAUGACAAGAGGAUAAACACAGCCCAGUGAGGUUCUUUGUUUAAUGGUUAGGGAAAAAAAUGAAGCAAGCCAAUCUGAGAUUCUUAAGUGAUGUGAAUAGAGAUGAGACAUAGUUCAUUGGUGUGCAUAUGGGUGAGAGAGCUAUGAUGGGGGUAGGGGAAUCUGUACACAGGAGACCUGUUGACCAAAGGCUAUUUUCAAAGAGGAAUUUGGAGUGAUAUCUUCCUGCAUACACUGUCCAAAAAUAAGCUUGUUUCCUGUAGGAAGUUGAGGCCAUUCACUUGGAUUCUUAACCAGUCACAUAAAGACCAAUAUAACAUGAUUCUUCUUUCUGGAGAUCCUCUUACAGUGCCUCCCAUCUUGUUCUGCUGAGUCCUUAUGCAUAUAGGAAGGUUAAAAUAUGUUAGAUACUUGAAAUGUGUUUAUUAAAAGCUGCUGGAUAUUUUUGCACAUA